AUGUCAUCAAUUCCGAAGUCGAAUACACAAGACAGGCAAGAAGAUGUCUCGUUGACGAUCAAUCCCACACUGGACCCUAUAAACCCUGAUCAGGAGAACAAAUUUCAGGUUGAAGUGGAAGCAUUCUCAUAUGAAUACCCCGAAGGCGGCCUAUCAGCAUGGAUUGUGGUGGUCGGAGCAUCCAUGAUGCUAGCCUGCACGUUCGGGAUGAUGAGUACGGUGGGGGUUCUACAAUCCUACUGGGAGACGCACCAGCUGCAAAUGUACUCAUCCAGUGAAAUUGGAUGGAUAUCUUCCUUGUUUGUAUUCCUGAAUUUGUUGCUGGGUGUGCAAGUUGGCCCGUUGUUCGACCGAUACGGCCCACGAUGGGUCAUGCUCAUUGGUUCCAUACUAUACACCAUUUCCAUCUUUCUAUUGGGAUCUUGCCAAAAGUAUUAUCAAUUUCUACUCUGUUUGGGCGUACUGAGCGGAGUUAGCAGUGCGCUUGUGUCAACUCCAUCCCUGGCUGUUAUUUCACAUUGGUUUAAUCGACGCCGUGGCACUGCGACUGGCAUUGCUAUGGCUGGCUCAAGCAUUGGCGGCAUAAUUUUCCCGAUUAUAUUGAGACCAGCAUUGGAUAAACUUGGCUGGGCUUGGGCUCUCCGGAUCCUAGGCUUUAUCUUCUUUUUCUUCCUCGCUAUUGGGAAUAUGUGCAUCAAGAGCAGGUUCUCGGUGAAGACGAGUGGAGGAACGAUUAACUUGAAAUGCUUUGCGGAUUCCCGAUUCAUAUGGGCCACGAUAGGCGCCUUCUUCGGGGAGAUAGUUGUUUUUACAUCACUGGGCCUGAUACCAUCAUACGCCCUUGCUCAGGGAUUCAACUCCGAGACUGGGUUUUAUUUAUUGUCUGUGUUUAAUGCGUCUGUAUAUCCUAUCAAACUUUCGCCCGGUGUGCGGACUAACAAUGAUAACAGUGGAUCAGGUUUGGGUCGAUGGCUUGCAGGCUUGGCCUCUGAUCACUACGGUCGAUUUAACACAAUAUCGGUCAUUAUGGCUGUUACCGCACUCUGUAUCUUUGUCUUAUGGUAUCCAUUUGGUCGUCUGAUUGGUGUGCUGUAUCCUUUUGUCUGUCUACUCGGUUUUGGAACAGGGAGCAUUCUCAGUCUGACGCCUGUAUGCAUCGGGCAAUUAUGCAAGACGGAAGACUUCGGGCAGUGGGUUGGAACUUGCUAUUUUGUUACCAGCUUUGGUGCUUCAUCUGCUUAUCCGUUUGGUCUAAGGAGUUUGGUUGGAAUACCAAUUGGUGGACUGCUGCUAGAAGUAGUUGGGGCCUCGAAUUUGGUCGCCUUUCUUGGUGGCGUUCUUGUCAUCAGUUUCAUUGCUUUUGUGGUGGCGCGAUGGGCAUGUUUGGGAUAUCAUUGGAAAUGGUUCACACUUACAUGA